AUGUCAAUCAUUCAAUCUUCGAAGGCCUUACAAAAUGCGGCAAGCCUCGUCCACCUACACGCAUCUGACAUGGUACCAGUUGAAGGACGAAGCGAUAUCUUGAUAUUGGACUUCAGGAAUCGUAAAGAGCUCUUCACACACGAGCUGCGAAAUGUUGUCGCAACAUACAACAAAGUGGAUUUCGUCUCAAUCGCCGAGCAAGAACGUGAAAAUGGCGUGAAUAUCGAAUGGCGCCGGUACAUAGAAUACGCUUGUAUCUUCACACCGUUGAAUGCGCAGCCGACCGAAACGCUAGUCGCCAUCGUUCUGCCCGAUCUCGAAGGGCUGACCAAAGACACGAUCGAUACAAAUGUACACCCGCCCACAAACGCCCCAAAGCCGCUCGACACUCAUCGACAAAGCCCAGCCCAACAACAAUUAUCGGGGAAGCCCGUGAGUAAGGAGAAUGCUGUGGUAUCAUCAGAACGCCAGGAGAUCCACGAAGGUCAAGCCCCGCAAGUAGGGUACAUCCUCACAGCUUACGGGAAAGGUGCGAUCGUCCCCAAGCCCGGUGGUCUGACGAUUGUCCUCAUUCGGUACGAAAGGAAGGCGAGGCUCGAAUAA